GGUGAAUCUUGCUUCUUGGACAGCUGAGAGAAGAAGCUACUGUGUACGGAUACGCACGCUGGCACGACUGCUCACCGCAACCGCAUCACCCUCCGCUGCAACGCCGACCGAUAGCAUUGUACAUUGCCCUUGCACUCGCACCCGCCACACCCUUCCUCAGGAUCCCCAUCAGACCUGAUAGCAUAGUACAUGCCACUGUACGCUCCAGAUCAGAGUCAGACGCCGAGCUAGCCUCUCUCGCCUUUGCGGUGUCAUUCGUUCGCUCCUCUCGCCCAACCCCCCCCGUCCAGCGGCCAGCCGGUUUUUGGGUUUUUGUUUUGUUUUUUUAUUUUGUCCAUAGGAAAGGGUCAUGCCGUAUGCCUUUCUCAACCUCAAGGACAAAUACCCGCCCGUCGUCUAACAUCCCCCUCCGCAACCUCGCUGAGUCCUCCGGCUCCGCCUCCGCCUCGCGACACCUCCAGGACGAAUCCGAAUCGACGUCAUUCCUGGGAGCCCACCAUUCCGGCCACCACGUUGACAAGCCCGGCUCCGACUCGGACGACACCGAGAGCUGGGUCUCGACCGGCGACAUUGGCGAGCAGAUCGACGCCGAGGACCCUCUGCGCGCCAGGCUCAACGACACCCUCGAUGAAUCCGCCCUCGCCGGCCUGAAGCACCUACCACGGAACCACGCCCACUCCAACGGUGCAGGCAGCAGGAGGGAGAAGAAGCACGUCCGCAUCCACGAGGAUCCCGACCACCACCGCCGCUCCCAACGUCGCUCCCCGGGGCAGGCUGGCGUCGUUAAUAAGGAGGAAAUCGAGAUCCCCGAGCCCAUCCCUCGCAGACCGUCCAGGGCCGCACGCCUUAUCUCCUCCAUCAUGUCUGGCUCCAGGGGCUUCACGGGGAAACCCCUAAUUUACUUCACAAGUAUAUUCGUAUCAUUAGGCGUGUUUCUCUUUGGAUAUGACCAAGGCGUAAUGUCGGGUAUAAUCACGGGCCCGUACUUCCGUGAUUACUUCAACCAGCCCUCCAAGGCCGAGAUAGGCACCAUGGUCGCCAUUCUCGAGAUCGGUGCCCUGAUAUCGUCGCUACUGGUGGGCAAGAUCGGAGACAUAAUCGGCCGUCGACGGACCAUCCUCUACGGCUCCAUGAUCUUCUUUGUCGGCGGUGCCCUGCAGACCUUCGCGACGGGCAUGCCCAUGAUGAUGCUGGGCCGAAUCAUUGCCGGUUUGGGCGUUGGCUCCCUGUCGACCAUCGUCCCAGUCUACCAGUCCGAGAUCUCCCCCCCGCACAACCGUGGAAAGCUGGCGUGCAUAGAGUUCUCCGGCAACAUCAUUGGGUACACGACAUCUGUGUGGGUCGACUACUUCUGUGGCUUCAUAGACAGCGACGCCUCGUGGCGGAUACCUCUGUUCAUGCAGUGCGUCAUGGGUGGCCUGCUCGGGCUCGGAAGUCUGGUCAUUGUCGAAUCCCCAAGGUGGCUGCUCGAUAACGACCACGACGAGGAGGGCAUUGUCGUCAUUGCUAACCUAUACGGCGGCGGUGACAUCCAUAACCCAAAGGCCCGUGACGAAUUUCGUGAGAUCAAGAUGAACGUCCUGCUCCAGCGCCAGGAGGGAGAAAGGACAUACAGCGACAUGUUCCGCCGCUACAAGACCCGUGUUUUCAUUGCCAUGUCCGCCCAGGGUCUGGCUCAGCUCAACGGCAUCAACGUGAUUUCGUACUAUGCGCCCUACGUGUUUGAAUCUGCUGGAUGGGUUGGCCAUGAUGCAGUGCUGAUGACUGGUAUCAACGGCAUCACCUAUUUCCUGUCCACGAUCCCACCGUGGUACAUUGUCGACACAUGGGGCCGCCGUGUCAUCUUGCUGUCUGGCGCGGUUGCCAUGACGAUAUCUCUGUCACUGAUCUCGUAUUUCAUCUUCCUCGACAUCAAGGCGACGCCUACUCUGGUCGUCGUCUUCGUCAUGAUCUACAAUGCGGCAUUCGGUUACUCCUGGGGCCCGAUUCCCUGGCUCUACCCGCCCGAAAUCCUGCCGCUGAGCAUCCGGUCCAAGGGCGCGUCACUGUCGACCGCGACCAACUGGGCUUUCAAUUGGCUCGUGGGAGAGAUGACUCCGGUCUUGCAGGAGUGGAUCAAAUGGCGCCUGUACCUCGUCCACGCCUUCUUCUGCGCCGCCAGUUUUGUCAUUGUCUACUUCAUAUACCCCGAGACUAGCGGCGUCCGCCUCGAAGACAUGAACUCCAUUUUCGGCGACGCGACGACUACCAUCGGCACCCCUGCCUCGGCAGGCACCCCUGCAUUCGGCCCAGUCGAUGGCUCCCAUGUGCGCGCGGGCUCCCCCGUCCCAUCCCUCGAUAUGCGCGGCCGGCCGCUCUUGGCCGAAGAGCAACCAUUCCCCGGCCUGGAUGUCGAUCCGCCGACAGUAAACUUUGUCAAUGGACGGCCUCAGUACGAGACUGGGCAGGCGGAGGGCGGCGUCGCUGGCUGGCUGUCGAGGGUCGUCGGCCGAUCCCAGUCCCGCGCUCGCUCGGGCAGUGUUUCCAACAGGAGCGGAAGAUAUCAGCCGCUGGGUAACCAGGACGACUAAAGGGCGGCAUGAAAGGCGAACACGCUUGAAGGAGAAACCCAGAAUAUGUUUCGAGAGCAUAUCAUCUACGUACACCGGGGUCGAUGUGGAUAAACUUUUGCAGAACACGGGGCGGGAAGACGGCGAGUCAUGGGUAUUAGACAACCAUUGCAUACUAGAAGGGAACCGAGACGGGCUUGCGACGCACGGGGGAUCUAUAUUUCAUUCUUCAUUCUCUCGAGAAUCGUUUUCAUUAGGUGAUGUCAGCGCGCAAAAAGGGCACACGCCUGCUGGUGCGUGCAUGUUACACAGUGUCAGUGUUCGUACAUAACAUUCUCAUUGUUCAGAUAUCGACAAGUCGCCCGGUCAGCCGAUAUGGUGGUACACGCAUGUAUCGAUAGUUGUAAACCUUGGUUCUCGGGGGAUAGACGGCACAUAAUUUUACGGUAUGCUUGUUCGUGC